UGCAUUUAAUUAUGUAACUAAAGAUACUAUGGUCAGAGUGUGUCGGCUCUCGAUAUUAUCUCUUCAAGCUAACUAUUUAAAAUUGAUCUUUGUAUAACCUGCAGUUAUGUACUUUUGAUAGGAUGUUAGCUAGAUUAGUCAUGAGGACUAGGCGUGGUUUCCGACUUGCUAGCUUAUUGUGAGGUGGCUGUUGUUGGGCAGAAGAAGCGCCGCUGCAUGCUCUCGAGUCCGUCUGGCUAACUUAUUAGUUUUAAUUAUUUUAGAUAUGGAUAACCACAAGCCCCGGAGCAGCAACCAGACUUCCCCUUCCCAUAAACUGUCAAAUGGCUACAUUCUACCUGAGGGCAAACUGACUCCCAACGCCCUUUUUGUUGGUGGAAUUGACAUGAAGGUGGAUGAAAACGAAAUGCGGGACUUCUUUGCAAGAUAUGGUCCAGUAAAGGAAGUAAAAAUUAUCACGUACCGUGGAGGGAUCUGCAAAGGGUAUGGGUUUGUGUACUUCAAUGAAGAAGUCAACAUUCAGUCAAUCGUUGAGCAACAGAUCAGUUUUAAGGGCCGGAAACUCAAGCUGGGCCCUGCCAUCAUGAAAGAAAGGAGCUCUCGAUCCAUGCCAUCCCGUCUGUUUGGCCCGGCUCCCUGGAUGAACCCCACUCAGUACUUCUACUGUGCCUGCUGCUCACCCAUGGGAGGGGCUAUGGCACCACCUUCACCCAUACUCAAUGGAGGCAACCCCUACAAUCAGCCGUACUCUUACUCCAACUUUGGAGGGGUUAUGAUCCCACAGAUGCCAAUGAACUACGCACAGAACGCCUACGCCUACCAGUACACUCCACCUCACUGGAUGGCGGACCAGAGGACACGGCCUGUCAAUCAGAACUUUGUGGACUGCGGAGUCCAGACUAUGAUGACUGUGCUGUAGUCCACAGCUACUGAGCCCCUUGCCAGGUAAAACGUUACCUUCAAAUUGACAGUGAGUCAAAAUGCGGACAGGAUGACAUCUUGAUGUUCCAGAACGGCUGGAAGCAACCCAACGU